AUGGGGGGUCAUCUAAACAGAUCCGGCACUACCCAAGCCGCCACCGCUGGUGUCCCUCCUCCUCUUCACACGGUUAAGCCCAUGGGUAUAACAAUUUUCAACCGUGUAUUUGCAACAAUUUAUGCUCUUGCCAUUUUAGCUCUACUCUAUUACCAUGCAAAAACACUCUUCUACUCAACAACUUUAGUCUCUUGCUCUAUAACCCUCGCCUUGUUAGUCUCUGACCUUGUCCUUACAUUCAUGUGGAUCAACACACAGACUUUUCGCAUGCGUCCAGUCUGUCGUAAACAAUUCCCUGAAAACGUCGAAAAAGUCAUGAAAAGAAGUGAUUUUCCAGCUUUGGAUGUGUUUAUAUGCACUGCUGAUCCAUACAAGGAGCCACCAAUAGGUGUAGUGAAUACGGCUUUAUCAGUUAUGGCUUAUGACUAUCCAACUGAGAAGAUUUCAGUCUAUGUAUCUGAUGAUGGAGGCUCAGCCUUGACUCUCUUUGCUUUCUUGGAGGCUGCUAAGUUCGCUACACACUGGUUACCAUUUUGCAAGAAGAAUAAUAUACUAGAGAGGAGCCCUGAGGCAUAUUUUGAAUUAAAUCACCACAGAUAUACCUCUGAGGCUGAAAAGAUUAAGGUGAUGUAUGAAAAUAUUAAAGUCAAGAUAGAGCAUGCUCUUGAGAGAGGAAAAGUUGAUGAUCAGUACAUCACUAGGGACCGAGAACGAGAGGCUUUCAACAAGUGGACUGAUAACUUCACACGACAAGACCAUCCUGCUGUUAUUCAGGUUUUGCUAGACGCUAGCAAGGACAAAGACGUCGCUGGUUAUUGGAUGCCAAACCUCAUCUACGUCUCUAGAGGAAAAAGCAAGGCUUUACCUCACCACUUCAAAGCCGGUGCCCUCAAUGCCUUGCUACGAGUAUCAAGCUGCAUGACCAAUGCACCAAUAAUCUUGACGCUAGAUUGUGACUUCUGCUCGAAUGAUCCGCAAACACUUCUUCGUGCAAUGUGUUAUUUAUGCGAUCCAGCAAUUCGGUCCACGUUAGGAUAUGUUCAAUUUCCUCAACUAUAUCGUGGAAUCAACAAAAAUGACAUCUAUUGUGGUGAAUUUAAACGUUUGUUUGUAAUUAAUCCUAUGGGAAUGGAUGGAAUAGAGGGCCCUAAUUAUGUUGGAACUGGAUGUUUCUUUCUUCGGCGAGCUUUCUUUGGAAGUCCGUCAAGCCUAAUCUCACCAGAAAUUCCUGAACUAUCACCAGACCAUGUCGUAGACAAGCCUAUCCAAUCACAGUCCAUUUUGGCACUGGCACAUCAAGGAGUAAAUAGCAAUUAUGAGAACCAUACCAACUGGGGCUCUAAGAUUGGAUUCAGAUAUGGAUCGUUGGUAGAGGAUUAUCACACAGGUUAUAGGUUGCACUGCGAGGGGUGGAAAGGCAUAUUUUGUCAUCCUGACAGGCCUGCGUUUUUUGGCGAUGUUCCUAUCAACUUGAUUGAUGCCCUGAAUCAACAAAAGAGAUGGUCAAUUGGACUUCUUGAGGUGGGCUUCUCAAAACAUAGCCCGGCAACCUUCGGUGUUAGGUCCAAGGGUAUUUUGAUGGGGCUUGGUUAUGCACAGUUAGCAUUUUGGGCCAUUUGGUCAAUUCCAAUCACUACUUAUGCUUUCCUUCCCCAGCUAGCCCUUCUUAACAAAGUUUAUAUAUUCCCAAAGAUUUCAGAGCCAUGGUUUUUCUUGUAUGCGUUUCUUUUCUUGGGGGCCUAUGGGCAAGACUGUCUUGAUUUUGUCUUAGUCGGUGGGUCAGUCCAGAGAUGGUGGAAUGAUCAGCGAUUCUGGCACAUAAAAGGAGUGACAUGUUGUUUAUUUGGUUCUUUGGAGUUUUUCCUCAAAUUCUUGGGAAUUUCAGCAUUUGGCUUUAACGUUACGAGCAAAGUACUUGAUGAUGAACAGAGUAAACGAUAUGAACAAGGGAUGUUUGAAUUUGGGGUGCAUUCGCCCAUGUUUGUGACCCUAACAAUGGCAGCCAUAACUAAUUUAAUCUCAUUAGUCCAAGGACUUAUUGAAGUUUACAGAGGAGACAAUUUGGAGGAACUAUUUGUGCAGUUGUUCAUAUCAGGUUUUGCUGUGGUGAAUUCUUUUCCAAUUUAUGAAGCUAUCGCUUUGAGAAAUGAUAAGGGGAAAAUGCCUACCAAAACCACCAUUAUGGCAACACUUCUUGCAGGUGCAUUAUAUAUAACAGCUUCUUCAUUUUCAGGUAGGAAUUGA